AGGCAUCAUGAAAUCUGCCCGAAAGAUACUCUCUGACACCAAGAACACGCUGCAGUACAAAGCCGUGAUGCAGUGUCGGCCGCUCGAUGACAAGGGAGAGAAGAUGACAAGGAAGACUGCUUGCCGGACCAACUUGUCAUGAGAAGAAUACCUGUCAGUGGUGAAGGUACCCUGGAUGAAGGAGGAUUGUUGGGAGGCCCUGGUUGACAUGUGGUGUGACGCAGCAUGGCAGGCACGACAUGUGGAGAAGGGAAAUGAUCGAGCCAAAAUGACAGGCCCGGCUCAUGUCCAGGGGAGCCGGAACCUAAUCGCUCUCAAGCAACACAUGGAGGCGAAGGUUGGUCGCCCGGUCCACAUCCUGGAAGCCUGGAAAGAAGGCCACAAGGGGAAGGAUGGCGCCGAGUUCUGCAGCGAGUCGGCGGAGGAGAAGUGGGGGACCUUUAAAAAGGUCUUCCAGGAGGUGCACGGGCAGGAAGCCGAACCUACGUCCAAGCCCCUUGAUCCUGAGCUUCUCAUCAUUGCUGGCCAGGGGAAUGGCCAUGGCCGCCACCUCCUUUGCAACGAGGCGAUCGCCACCUCCUCGCAUCGCAAGCUGCACGAGAUACGCGCGUCGAGCACCAGCUCAACUCCGUCCAUACGGAGUCGCCCAACCGCCGCAUCACAUGAGAUAGCGCGUCUCAAGGAUUUAAUGGCGCAGCGGGCUGUUGAAGAGGAGCAAAGGAGGAAGGCUGAGGAGGAGUCCAGAGAAAAGGAACGGGCAUACACUAACAAUAGGUUAAAGAUGCUUGAGGAUCAACUACAGGGAUCAGAAAAGAAAUAG